GUGUACCAUCUCCAAUCAGCUGUUUCACCUGCUUUUCGCCGCCUGCUCGUUAGUAAAUAUCUGGAGUAAAAGCUAAAAUUUACCUGGACGCCUUUUAAAUAGUACAAUUGGAACACGGAGGGUCACUACGGUGUUGCGUAAUUAAAGCGACACGUUUUCUGAGACCCAAAAUUAAGCUGUACACAUAGAAUGCCGGUGUUUUGACGUACGAAUCCAAGGAAUACAAGAAACCGUCAUGGCCAAGUAUAUCGCCCAGAUCAUCGUGUUGGGCGCCCAGGCAGUGGGAAGAGCCUUUACCAAGGCGCUGCGCCAGGAGAUCGCCGCAUCUCAGGAAGCAGCACGACGGGCGGGUGGUGGCAAGCAGGGCGACAAGAGCGCCGAGUCCAACCUGCGCACAGGCAUGACGCUGGAGGAAGCCAAGCAGAUCCUGAAUAUAGAUGACCCCAAAAACGUGGACGCUAUCACCAAGAACUACGAGCAUCUGUUUCAAGUCAACGAACGCUCCAAAGGCGGCUCCUUCUAUAUCCAGUCAAAGGUUUUCCGGGCGAAAGAGCGGCUGGACCAUGAGAUUAAGGCCCAUGAGCAGCCGAGGUCGUCAAAUACGGAAGCAGCGCAAGAUACGGCGGAGGAGUCUCAGAGCAGAUCGCGGCAGCGACGCUGAGUAUCCUUGUUGUCCCAAUCGAACUAAUUAGCUGAUAAUUGAUUUAAAAACUACGUGUUAAGUACAAAAAAUGAAAGUCUGUUGCUGUAAAUAGAGAUUUACGAACAUGAAGACAAGUGUAAACACUUUCUGAGAAGAGCUCGACUUUCCAGGAACACAAAUGUAAUGGAAUUCUUGUAAACUAACACGGAUUAGCUCAGGCGGUUAGGUAUAAAUAUUUUACUCUCAGGCCAGGUAACUAGAAUCGGAUCGAUUUUAAGAUCACGCUUCUUGGGGUUUGAAAAUAAAAAUAUUUUAAGUAUC